AUUGAGACGAAUCGAGUGAAUCUAACAGCAGUAAUUUGUAUUUUCAUUCACAGAUUUAAGUUUCGGCGCCCUGUAGUGUGUGUUCAGCGUUUUACAGUUGAAGCGAACUGAGCCAACAAAUUUUAAAAACUGACAGCAGUAUUUUUUGUUUACAGUUAGGCCGUGUAGGCAGCCACCGGAUCGAGUAGGUGUUUCCUCACACACAAGGUUAGAAUCAAGAAAAAUUCGUACUUAUUUUAAUGCAAGUUAUUUCGCUAAAAAAAAAAAACGGUUUGUUUCUCUGGACAACUCCAGCAAAGCCUCUGUUUUUUGUGUUAACAUAGAAACCAGCCUUUGUAUAUGUAGCCAGAAGGCAGAUAACAAACAUACACUGACAAAUAAUAAGAGCUGUGUCACGCUUUUAGCUUGCUUUUCAUAAGCUAAAAUUCUCAGCCAAAAAAAAAGGAAACCCCAAUUAACGACUUCAGUUGAAAAAAUGGACAUUGUCAACUUGCACGUGAGGAACCCACUUGCACGUGAGGAUGGGAAAAGACGGCUUGGAUGCAAAUGGAUUAAAAUAUGAAUUACUAUGGUGUUAACUAUAGUUUUUCUUUUCUCUGACUAAGCAAAUUUUGUUGGUUCUGGCCAGACUGUGGUUUUAUUUGUCAGAAUGCAUCUGAUGCUCAGCUGUUUUGUAUUGGAUUGAGUACUUAAUUAAGACAUUAAUACUAUUGUUCAUACAAUGUAUGUGUCAGUAAUAACUACUGAUCAAUCAACACAUACAUUGACAGUAAAAAUUAAUUGUUAUUGUGACCAAUUCAACAGCACUAAAUUUUUUUACUUGGCAGAUUGUUUACUUCUCCUCUUCAACAAUCUUUAGUCAUACUCUGUCUCUGUACAAAACAAAGCUAAGUUAGGAUUGUGACGAUGAGCAUUCACUGUUUGUUCAUUCUUACGACCCUCUCUCUUCCAUUGGAUUGAGUUAUUCUUGUGACAAUGGGGAUUCAAUGUUUGUUCAUUCUUACGACCCUCUUUCUUCGGAGUAUUUUCGUGUUACAGAAAUGUCACAGAUCUAUUGUUCGUUCUUUAUUGUUCUUUGUUCAAGUGGCUUAUUGUAUUCUAUUGUUAUCUGUUGUUUUAGAAACUUUGUGAACCGGUACACCAGGAAACUGCCCUUUCUUCCAUCAAAUUGGGUUAGGCUUGUGAUGAUGGGCAUUCACUGUUUGUUCAUUCUUACGACCCUCUCUCUUCCAUCAGGUUGA